GACUUGACCUACGACGCACCUCGUCCCGGGAAGCGCAUCUGCUUAAGCUUCAACUGGUUAAAUAGUGUUAUCCGCUUGAGUUUGUUGUUGCUAUUGUUAUUGUUAUUGUGUUACUGUUACUGUUACUGAUUUGUUUUUGUUUUCGUUGCUUGUGAUUUGGGCAGUUGGAGAAAUAGAUGGCAAACAGGGUGCUUUUUAGUCAUUACUAUGGGUUAUUAUCUCUCAAAUUACGAUGAUUCAGCUUAAAAUUCAGCUUAGAAAGCUGAUCUAUAGAUGCUAUCAUGAUAAAUUAUGUUUCAAAUAAGUUAUAGCUGUAUAGAAAGUAGAACUAUAGCUGCCCUUCCAGAACUUAUAUUUUAAACAUUUUUAAUCCGAUUUCUAAAUGUCAGUAUCUUAGCAUAUCAUUUAUUUUAGGCAAUUUUUUUGUUCGAGAUAAUAAGAGAUAAACUGGGUUACCUAUCCCAUUUAAGAAGUCAAAGGUUUGAUCUUAUUUGUUAACUAAAGAUGGGACUUGUAUAUUUUUUGAAAGCCCGUUUUCUUCCUUAUGAUGAAUGUAAAUUUCCUUCAAAAAGAAACCCACCCAUAACGAACACCCUGUACCGUCCCAUUGAUAUCUCAGGUGAGUUACAAGAGCAGCAUGGUUUUCGGCAGGUGAUGAUGACUCCACAUCGAUGGCUCUCCGCCGCUGACGUCACGGGCCACAGCCGCGUCUAACGGUUGUGCUUGGCGGAUCUCCGGCGGAACUCUUGUAUAAAAACGUUGGGUUGUCUGGAGAGUGGCAUCAUUCGCUAGCCGGGAACAGUUCGACGCACAGGUGUCGUCUUUGAUUCCACCUUUUAACUCAAUUCAAAACCAAGAUCAACGCCGAAAUGAAGGUCUUCAUCUGCCUGUUGGCCACCAUCUGCGCCUGCAAUGCCACCUUCCUCUCCUUUUUGGGAGGCGGUGGUGGUGGAGGAGGAGGAGGAGGGAGCAAGAUCACCUAUAAUGUGAUAGCCACGCCCAGUUCGGGAGGAGGCGGAGGUCAUGGUGGAGGUCAUGGCGGAGGUCAUGGUUAUGAACAUGCCCAGGGACAUGGUUAUGCCCAGGGACAUGGCUAUUCCCAGGGCGGCGGCGGUGGACAUGGACAUGGACACGGUGGCUCCUCGCAGAUCAUCAAGGUCAUUCUGCAGGAGGGCCAGGGCUACAGCAACGCUGGAGGAUCAGCCGGAGGCAUUGUGUCCUCGGAUCAUGGUCAUGGUCAUGGUCAUGGCUAUGCCAGUGGUCACUCGUAUGGCCACGAGCAUGGCUCUCAUGGCGGUCAGCAGACCCAGAUCUUCAAGAUCAUCGAACAGGCCCCGGCACCAGCUCCUGUUCUCGUUCCCAUUCCCAUUUCGAUUCCUGCUGCUGCUCCGGCUCCCACUGCCUAUCAUGCCUCGGGCGGCUCCAGUGGCUACUCCUACGGCCAUGGACACUCCUAUGGCCAGUCGUAUGCCUCGGGACAUGGCUACGGGGGAGCCGCAUCCUUCGAUGCCCAGCAGUUCAACUCCAUUCUGCCGCAGAUCCUCCAGCUGGUGCUGCAGGAGGACUCCUUUGGCGGCGGUGGCUUCAGCGGUGGUGGAUCCUCCGAUGUGGCUGCCAUCAACAGCCAGCUGAUCAACACCUACGGCUCCAAGGGCAAGGCCAUCAUCCUGAAGGCUGACCAGGCGCAGGGUGACUACUUCAAGAGCGGCCAUGUGGUGCAGCGCGGCACCCUGAAGGUGAUGCGUGUCCAGGAGCAGCAACAGCAGUCCCAGGGUGCUGGUGGCUCCAAGGGAGGCUGGAGUUCGGGGGGAGGCGGUGGUGCCCCAUCCGGUGGCUGGAGUUCCGGCGGAGGAGGCGCUUCUGCUGGCGGCUGGAGUAGCGGUGGUCCACCCUCCGCCUGGUAGAUGCACUGCAUCAACUGCCCGCCUAGUUAGUUAGACCAAAUGAAUUUUUUUUUCGCUAUCCUCUAUUCUAUCGUUAUGUAUUUUUUUUCCUAGGCUAAUUCUUCACAGUCAUUAUCAAAAAAUCAGAUAAACAAAACAUCCAUCAUUGUUAACCUAAAUUAUUUGUUAAUAAACAAUUUGAACCAA